GAAUGUAUCGUGCUGCGAAUAUUAUACGAUUCAGUGAAAUAAUGUGUCAAAAGUGUUAAAGCACUUUUAAUCGUAAUAACGAGAAGCUGUGUUCUGAACCCUGGGCAUCUUUACUUAUUCUGGAUUAUAUAAAUAUGAGAAUUAAAACAGUUCCAAGACACAGAAUGCUCCGAAACAGUAUUAAGAUUGCGACUGCAUCAAGAAGCUCUUCAGAUGAGAGUGAUGCGGAUAUUGGAAAAAAUUAUGAUUCUAUAAAGGCAAUGGAUGGUCAAGAUUCAUGCCAGGCAUAUUCAUCACCAUCGAAGAUUCUUAUUCCACUUAUGACGUUUAUUAGUCCGGACAAGGAGAUGACUUUAUCUUCAUCCACCAGCACAUCAUCGUCAUUGAUUAACGACGACAACAAUAACGAGGUCAUGGAUCUAUCAACAAAAGGUACUUCCAAUCGUGUUGACGACAUCGCGACAAGUACCUCCGCCGAGCCAGAGGACAAACUGAAAGAUUCCUUCCUCUACAAGAUCAUGACCGAUCCAAACUUUCUGAAUAAUAUACAGAGGAACAAACAGAUACAAACAAAUAUACAGACGAAGAAAUUUGUCUGUCUCUAUUGCAAGAAGGAAUUUGCGACGUGUGAGGAAUUGGCAAGUCAUAUGGAUGUGAAAAAGAACGAAAGCAAUCAGAUCGUCUGCUGCGCCUGCAAAAAGACAUUCGCCGAGAAGAGGUAUCUCAAGUACCAUCAGAGAUGUCACUCCGACAGGAUCAAGUUCACCUGUGACAUUUGUACCAAGAAGUAUACGAGGCUGGACAACCUGACGAGGCACAACGUCCUGCACGUGAACCCCGACAAGUUCUGCUGCACGAUAUGCAACAAGAAGUUCACGCGCAAGGAUCUGCUCAACAAGCACCGCAAGAGCCAUGAGAAAUGUAAUCUUUACUGCCUGAAAUGCGGCAAGUAUUUCAAGAGUAUUCUCACACUAGAAAAUCACCAAAAAAUGCAUCGCGAGCCAUCGAACGCUUCGGCGAAUAUAGUUGUUUAUAAGACUGAGAGUUCAGUUUCCACUACUAAGAAUCUAAUCUGCAAAACUCAAAAUUUGGUUUCCGCCGAGAAUAAAGUUUGUGAAACUCAUGAUUCAACUUUGGGUGAGAGUUUAGUUUGCACAACCGAUGAUGUAACUCGUAAAACUUAGAAUUUACUUUCCGAUAUCUGUUAAACAAAUAUCUAUUAUGUAUAUAUGUAUACAUACAUAUAUGUGGUUACACAUGUAUGUAUCUAUAUAUGUAUAUAAAUACAUAUAUACACAUACAUGUCUGGUCUGAUUUCAGUUUCUUAUACUUUCUGGUAAUCAAAGUAAGAAUUUUUAAGGCCAGUGUUACCGAGUAAAGUACGACGUAUUAAAAAGACAUAGUCUUGUUAAACAUUAGUUUGCAACACGAGCUUUUGUAUAAUUAUUGUAAACUUAUUAAGUGAUAAUUCUUUAUUGCAUCAUUUAUAGAUUUUCAGAUUUAUAGAUUUAUAUAUAGAUAUUUGUA